GCCCCCCCCCCCCCCCGGGCACCUAUAUCUUGCACCGCAUGCACUUCCUUCCUUUCCACUGGUCCUUCGUCUCUCCCUCUCCCUCUCCAUCUCCCUCCACGGCCCAAAGGUAGAACCAGAGCAGAGCAAAACCCACGCAGAGAGACCUGUCUCCCUCUCCCAUGGCGGUGGAGUCUCGGCAUCUUCAUCUUUUCCCUCCGCAGCUCCUCGGCAGCAGGGAAGGGGGGAUGAUGAUGACCCACCACCCACCUGUGGAAGCGAACGCCGGCAUGUACAGCUCGCAGCCGGUGUACGGGCUGCCCUUGUCGGGAACCUCUACCGCUGAUUCUCUCCUGUUUCCCCUGUACAGUCACAACCUCAACGCCCAUCUCGCCGCCGCUCGCGCCCUCGACGAGCCCCUGCAUCUCAAGACGUCGGCGUCGGCGGGGGCGGCGGGGGCGGCGCCGUUGAAGUCGGAGAGCGGCAUCACCUACAUCAACAACAACACCACCGCCCUGCCUUCGUUGUCGUCGUCCUCGAGGAAGCGCCCCAGGGACUCUAACCAAGCCUUGUCGUUCUCGACGGCGGAGAUUCAGCCCGACGGCAGGAGCGGUUGCGGCCGUUUCGCCUUCCUCGGGGAAGACGUUUCUCUCCACGUCCAGCACCAGUUCCUCGACGUCGACCGCCUCAUUUCACAACACAUGGAGAAGUUGCGAGCGGAGAUGGACGAGCAGCGAAAGAGCCAAGCGAGGAGGCUGGCGGAAUCGAUAGGGCAAGGCCUCGCGAAGCGGCUCCGAGCGCGGGAGGAGGAGAUCGAGAAGAUCGGGAAGCUGAACUACGCGCUGGAAGAGAGGAUCAAGUCGCUGUGCAUCGAGAACCAGAUAUGGCGAGAUCUGGCGCAGGCGAACGAAGCCACCGCGAACGCGCUGAGGACGAACCUGGAGCAGGUGCUCGCGCAGGUCCGGACGGCGGCGGCGGCGGACGACGCGGGCGAGACGGCCGACCUCGACGACCCCGCCGCCGCCGCGAACCAUCGCCGGAACGGCGGCGUCGACGACAACGCCCUGAUGGAGGACGCGCAGUCGUGCUGCGGGAGCAGCGGCGGCGGUUGGUGGGAGGAGGGGGCGGAGGAUUGCGGAGCGGCGGCGGCGGAGGCGGGGGAGGGGGAGGGGGAGGGGGCGGGGGGGAGGGAGGAGAGGAGGAGGCGGCGGGGGCGGCGGCGGUGGUGGUGCAGGGAGUGCGGGAAGGAGGAGGCGCGGGUGCUGAUGUUGCCGUGCAGGCACCUGUGCGUGUGCACGGCCUGCGAGCCGUCGUGUCGGGCGUGUCCGGUGUGUCAGUCUGCCAAGAACGCCAGUUUCGUCGUUAACGUGGCGUGAAUGUUUGGUGAUAUGUGAAAAAAAACACACAAAAAAAAAAUCUCAAGAAAUGCGGAAUGGCCCAAAAAGGAAAAAAAAGGAAAAAAUCUUUGCACAUUGUUUUGAUCUCGAGCCUCUUCUGUA